UACAUCCGCAGGACUGCUUUUGACUCCUCGGGACCUCGUUACAUGUUUCUAAAAUCCAUCCCUGUUACUGCAAAAUCCUAAUUUUUUUUUGGGAGACGAAGUCUAUCAGAUAAAAAAAAUUUUAUAGGGAUUGAAGUGGAAUUCUCUUUCAGUCAUACGAAGAGCAGAUAAUAAACAUGUCAGAGGUAUGAGUGAAUAUUCGAUUAAUACAACUGUCCGUUAAAAGAAAGACAUUGAAAGAAAGAUAAGGUGAAAUAAAAUGUCCUGUUUGUUUGGCAGAAACACAAAAAAGUACAAGAAUGAAGAGCCAGAUCCGUACUUUCAGACUACACUGGACGUUGUACAUGAACACAUCAAACCAAGAUGCGAUAAUUAUUGUUGUCAGAAUUAGGCAAACUUCCGGCUUCAAGCAUGUGGACAUAGAGUGUGUGCAAAAUGUCUAAAUAAAUCUACCAAAACGUUUGAGAAUGAACAUCGUGUGUGUGUUUGCCCUUGCUGUCAGAAUUUGAAAUACCUGCCAUGGUUGGAAAUAGAUGCCCUGAUAAAAUAUAGUAAAACAAUUAACUAUUGCACAACCUGUUUUGAUGAAGAGGCCGUUUUUAGGGCUCAUUGUGGUCAUUUGAUGUGUAGUAAUUGUUUGGAAAAUACAGAUUUCUGCACAACCACGAAGAUUUGCAAAGCCUUUGGUUGUAAACAGGAGUUUUCAUCAGAAGAAAUUAAAUUAGCUCUAAGGAACAGCCCAGAAAUAAUGGUAUGGAGGUAUUUUGAAAUAGCUAAUUAUUUACAGUGUGAUAGAGGUUGUAAUAACCAGGCGAUUCUAAAGGUAACGCUUUGCAGACACUCAUACUGCUUUCCGUGUUUACAUCAAAAAGAAUACAGUAGCGCAUAUACAUACUGUAAUCGGGAUGUGAUACUUUGUUCAUCGACAUGCAAUGUGGAGAUUCCAAGAUCUGUGGUCCAGAAUUGUUUUCUACUGUUCAGAAAAGAGGCAAUCAUGACAGCUAUUACUCUAGAAUUGAGUAAAGAAAAAUGCAUACGCUGUAAAGAUGAAGAUUUGAAAACGCUACGGAUUAAAAACAGAUUCUGCUCUUAUUCACACGCUUAUUGUAUUCUGUGCUGUGAGUACAUGAAAGCAGGUUCAUUGCGUGAACAACGUCCAUGGUUGAUGUCUGAUGUAAUUGAAGAACAGAUUGGUUGCAUACACACUCUAUGCAAAUCGUAUACUCCUUUGAAAUGCUUAGAUGUCAUGGUAGAAACUCUCACCGGUAAAAACAUUCAAACUGAAAUAUUCAUUCGCAAUGCUAAUUUUCCAAGGAACUGCAAUGGAUGCAGGACAGCAGAGGCAGAUAUCGUGUUUGUUCGUUGUUCCCAUGGGUUUUGUGUUGGAUGUAUAGAUAGCAGAAUGCAAGAGAGAUCCAACAAUGGUUACCUACAAUGUAUAUAUAGAGGAUGUUCCACAUUGAUUCCAUUGUUUGUCAUCAGUGAACUUCCAAAAUCAAUUCACUGGGAUGGAAAAUCAUCUGAUAUUAAUGGCCUGCUAGUCGGAAAUAUAUGUGGUAAGUUUUAUUAA